UCUGCCCCUUGAACCGGCGUCUACCGUGGCCGGUUGGCUAACUUCUUCCCGCCGGUGGCGUCGGUGAGCUCCCCUGGGCCGGGCCAUGGAGGGGGGCGGCCCCACCAGUGCCGCCGCCGCCGCUGCCGCUGCCGCGCGCUACCAGCCGGUCUGCCCCGCGCGGGAGGCCUGUGUCUACAGCAGCUGCUAUUGUGAGGAAAAUAUUUGGAAGCUCUGUGAAUACAUCAAAACUCAUGAACGGUGUCCUUUACAAGAGUGCUAUGCUGUCUUCAUAUCAAAUGAGAGGAAGAUGAUUCCUAUCUGGAAACAGCAAGCGAGACCUGGGAAUGGACCUGUGAUCUGGGAUUACCAUGUUGUUUUGCUUCAUGAGUCAAGUGGAGGACAGAGCUUCAUUUAUGAUCUGGAUACCCUCUUGCCAUUUCCCUGCCCAUUUCACACUUACGUAGAGGAUGCUCUUAAGUCUGAUGAUGACAUUCACCCACAGUUUAGGAGGAAAUUUAGAGUGAUCUGUGCAGAUUCUUACUUGAAGAACUUUGCCUCUGACCGAUCUCACAUGAAAGACUCCAGCGGGAACUGGAGGGAGCCUCCUCCACUCUAUCCAUGCAUUGAAACAGAAGACUCCAAAAUGAACCUGGACGAUUUCAUCAGCAUGGAUCCUGAUGUGGGAUGGGGAGCUGUCUAUACACUAUCAGAAUUUGUACAUCGGUUUAGCAGUAAAAACUGCUAAGCUUGACAUCAGGACAUGGAACUGUGGAGAAAUUCUAGAACACGACGAGCCAUCCAUUCAUUUAGGACAGCACAAUUAUGGAACAGUUGGCUUGGAGUUAAGUUCUUCUCUCUUAAUUCAAUUGGGUAGAAACAUGAAUGGAUGUAAAUAUAAAUGAAGGAAAUGAAACCUUUCCUUUGGAACUGGAGAUCUACUACUGAGUUACCCCUAGCCAAAAAAGGCCUUAGGUUCAGUUCUUAUAAUUAUAAUGAUGCCUUUAGUAUUUAUUUUUGUGAUCCAGAUCAUAAAAACAAGUCUUUCCUUUUGAUGAUGUCAGGUUAUAGUAUGUAAUUGUUAAACAUUCCUGUAGCUCAUUUGUUAGAAUGUGAUGGUCUUAUUGAGGUAGAAGUAUGGAUGUGGAGCCUUUUGUCUUUUCUGGAUGCUUCCUGUGUUUCUUGCUACACUGUAAGCAACUCUUGGCAGGGCUAUGAAUGGUGGCUCUGUGAUUCUCUAAUGCCCACAAGAGAUGCCCCUAGGGCUGGGGAUAUGGCCUAGUGGC